CUUUACUUUGAUGUUCUGCCUCUUUCUCUAGAACUUCCCAAGUUGAUCUCACCCAAGAUGGCUACCAUUGGGUUGAUGUCCUCCUGCACUUGUGCCCGUCCCUUGGUGCCUUUACUUAGAUUGGGAAUUCCCAAAAUGAGUUCGUCCCAGUUACACACAACAGCCAGGACUGCUUCGAAGGAUUACUACGAAGUGCUGGUGCUUGGUGGAGGUUCAGGAGGAAUCACCAUGAGUGCCCGGAUGAAGCGGAAAGUGGGAGCUGGCAAUGUGGCAGUGGUGGAACCCCAGGAGAAACACUAUUAUCAGCCCAUCUGGACUUUAGUUGGAGCUGGGGCAAAGCAGUUGGCUACAUCAGCCCGUCCAACAGCAAGUGUUAUUCCUUCGGGUGUAAAGUGGAUCCAGUCCAAGGUGGAAAAGCUGGAUCCAGAUAACAACUGUGUCUAUUUGGGGAACAAUCAAAAGGUAUCUUAUAAGUAUUUGAUCGUUGCUCUCGGGCUGCAGCUGCAUUUUGAAAAGAUCAAAGGCUUGCCUGAGGGUUUUAAGUUUCCUAAAAUAGGUUCCAAUUAUUCCGUUCACACAGUGGAGAAAACAUGGAAAGCUCUGCAGGGUUUCCAGGAAGGAAAUGCCAUUUUCACCUUUCCAAAUACCCCAGUGAAAUGUGCAGGGGCGCCACAAAAGAUCAUGUACUUGUCUGAGGCAUACUUGAGAAAGACUGGAAAACGCUCCAAAGCCAAGAUCAUAUACAAUACUUCCCUUGGAGUGAUAUUUGGUGUUAAGAAGUAUGCUGAUGCUCUGCUAGAGAUUAUCAGACAAAGAGAUAUUACAGUUAACUACAGAUGGAACCUUGUGGAAGUCCGAGCAGAUAAGCAGGAAGCAGUUUUUGAGAACUUGGAGAAAGCUGGUGAGACACAAGUUUAUCGGUAUGAAAUGCUUCAUGUCACUCCACCCAUGGGUCCCCCCGAGGUACUGUUAAACAGUCCAGUUUCAGACGUAGCUGGCUGGGUGGAUGUAAACAAGGAGACACUGCAACAUGUGAAAUAUCCAAAUGUUUUUGGGAUUGGAGACUGCACAAACCUCCCUACCUCCAAGACUGCUGCAGCUGUUGCUGGCCAGUGUGGUGUACUUGAUAAAACAAUUUCAUGCAUCAUGAAGGGCAAAACUCCCACUAAAAAGUAUGAUGGAUAUACUUCCUGUCCUCUAAUAACCAACUACAACCGAGCAAUCCUGGCCGAGUUUGAUUACAAUGCUCAACCUUUAGAAACAUUUCCGUUUGACCAGAGCAAAGAGAGACUGAUAAGUUUUCAUAUGAAGGCAAAUAUGAUGCCCUAUCUGUAUUGGUAUGGUCUUCUAAAGGGAUACUGGGGUGGUCCAGCUCCAGUGAGGAAACUAUUCCACCUUGGCUUGAAGUAACAGCUGAAGUCAUCCUCUGCCAGCUACAAAUCAUGUAACACUUAAAAAAAAAAAAAAAAAAAGCAUUCAGAGAUUCUCCACAGAAAUUAAUAAAAUAACUUCUCUGUAGGAAUGCAACCUUCAGAGUCCUCUGCAUCUUAAAA